AAUAAAGAGCGGUUUAACACUUAUAUUAGCAUCAAUAAAUAGCUUACUUCACCUUUAAGUGUAUAAACUGUAUAUAAUCUUUUCUGUUCUGUUUGAAGGUGGCAUUUGUUCUUCAGUGCAAAUAUGUGUGACGCAGAGCGAACCUUCCUAGAUGUCGCCAUCACUGAAUUCCUACCAGAACUUCCAGCAGUAAUCAAAACCAUCCUGGAAGAGCACUUGCAGUCCCUUGGUGUGGAGAUGGCUGAUGAUCUACGCUUCGUAACGGAGGCUGAUUUGAUGACAGCGUUAAGACCUGUACAAGCCAGAAAGCUUCUUUCUGCUUGGAAACGGAAAUACCAGACUCCCGAGAACAGCUCACCAUCAUCUGAGGCAGCCUCAUCUACCCAAUUGCUGUCAUAUCUCUCAGUUUCACCCGGAAGUUCAUCGUCAACCUCCAACAGCAGCCGAGUACUUGAAAAACAGUGGGACGACAACUUUGAAAUUCCAUGGAGUAAGUUUCCUGAGGAAGUGAUGCAUUAUCUUGAGAGGGGAAAAAGGCCAGGCCCAAAACGGAGGAGGCAAAUGGUCCGGAUUGUUGUGACUGAGAUGAUGGAAAAAUGCCCUCAUGUAGGCAAAAAGCAUUCAACCGACGUUGCAAAAAAAAUGGUCGCAAAAUAUCCACAUUCUCUGCAAGAUGUAAUAGAGGGCGAUAUUGUUGGAGCAGGCUACCUUUCCCUUGUCAAACAGUUGCAAAAUAGAAUUGAAAAUGCGAGGCGCACAUAAACACCGAAAAUAAGAAAAAGAAAACAUCAGACUGAUGACUCAGUCGACACAGACGAGAUCCCAUUGGAAGAGAGAGCAGCAAUGCAGGACACGUAUGGAUGCAUUAAAUGGAAUGUAGAAUUUCUGCCCCGUGAAGAAACUCCAGAGAGCCAGCAGCAAAAGAUGGAAAAACUCAAGGUGAUGUUCCAACACUCUGAUGCCAAUCCAGAGGAGGUAAAAUGUUUAAUGAAGUCCACUUUUUACACACAGAGACAACAUGUCAACCUGGGAAAAAGUAUCAAAAGCCUCAGAGAGGAGUGGCCAUUUUGCUUUGAUGAACUCGGCAUGUCAGUUCACUUCAAGGAACUGACUGGGAUUAACCUCAAAGAGACAUUCACACAAAAUUUGGAUUUGAAGGGAAAAAGGCUUCUCGACUACAUGGCCACAGUUUGUGUCAGCAAGAGCAAGUUUCUUCAGACUUAUGCAAGGCUUCAGAGAAUGCGGGGACAGCAGAGUGGCUGUUCAGAUGACGUGAAAGAGAUGCUCCUGCUUCUGCUCAGCUACUUUGAUGAGAAGGAGGAGUCCAUGUUCUUCCAUGUAGAAGAUACAUGUCUGGCAGAAGAAGUCCAACUGGAACAAGUGCCUCUGACACCCACUGUCAUUGUCUGUGGACAGUCCUGCUAUUCCUCAACAAGGUACAUGCUGAGUCUGGAUCGGAACCUCGUCAACACAAACAUCUCCUCCUUCAUUUCUGCAUUGUGCCUCAUGUUCGGGAGCUACUACAUUUUCAACAUCCAUUAUCCAUCUGAGCUGGCUUCAACUCUGGAGUUCCUUCAAAGGUGUUUCUUCUCGAUAAACCCAGAAAAAGGAACCAAAGUAGAGAGUAAGAACAACAAGCGUCGUCUCAACCUGAACCCUCGAGUCCUCACCCUGAUACAGGAUCUCUCCGAUCACGAGUGGCGUCAAGCCUAAAUAUGGACUCUAUGUGGACUCUUGACUGUUUGUUUGAGAAGAGGUACUUUUAGUUUUCGCUUUGUUAAUCCAAAAUGUGUAUUAUGGUAAUUAAGGCACACUGUAACUUUUCCUGGUAGAGGGUCCGCCACAUGCUUUUUUCAUAGUGUUAUUGCUUUGUAGUUAUGUUCCAGGUUGUUGUUUUUUACGGUGAAGAACUGUCUUACUGCUGUGUUUCUAGAUGGCUUGUUUAGGUUUGUUUCCUUACAGGUGGUUUCCCCCCGAUGUGUUCUAUGUCCCACGGGCACGGACGUGGUGACAUCCUAUACAGCAGGGUGCAUAUUGUAUGGGGACGAUUCCGAAACAUAAAUAUAUUAUGUAGCUAUCUCAAGUUAAUACACACACACACACACACACACACACACACACACACACUCCCAGUGUGUUAGUCGGGACACUUCCAGUGCUAUAAGGCACUGAUCAUUUUCGGCACAUUAGGCCACGUUUUAGAGGGAUUUAAGCCUAAAUGUGGACUCUGUUUGUUUGAGAAGAGGUACUGUUAGGUUUCGCUUUGUUAAAUCCACAAUUUUUAUUAUUGUUAUUAAGGCAAAAUAUGUCAUUUCUGUUUUAAAGUCUUGCAAUAUGUACAGGUGCACUAUGUAAUUUUUAUCUGACACCUGCUUGUUUCCAUUUUGUAUAUGUUGGAAAAAAAAAUCAUCCAAUUGUUUAUUGCC